CACGGAUUUCAAACGGCCCGCCGCUCUUGCUGCCGGCGGCAAUGACUCGGCGGGAACGAAUUGUGGGGAACCACUACCAGUUGGGCCUUGAAAUUGGAAAGGGUGGGUUUGGAACCGUCUUUAGUGCAUUGGACCUGCGCAAUGGCAAGUCGGUGGCAAUCAAGCAAGUUUCCCUCAUCGACAUGGCCAAGGAAGAGCUGGCCGCCAUUGAGAGCGAAAUCAAGUUGCUCAAGAAGCUGCACCACGAAAACAUCGUCAAGUACUACAACACGAUCAAAGAAGAAGAUUAUUUGUACAUCGUGUUGGAGUACAUGGAGAACGGAUCCUUGGCGCAAUUCAUGAAGAAGUUUGGAACACUUUCCGAGACGCUCGUGGCAAUGUAUAUCACCCAAGUGCUGCGUGGGCUAGCGUACUUGCAUGCCCAGGGAGUGCUGCAUCGUGACGUCAAAGGUGCAAACAUCUUGACCACGAAGGACGGCCUUGUGAAAAUUGCCGAUUUUGGCGUUGCCAUCAAGCUCAACGAAGCUCAAAAGUCCAAUUCCGUGGUUGGUUCGCCUUACUGGAUGGCCCCCGAAGUGAUUGAAAUGGCUGGGUGGUCGUCAGCUUCGGAUAUCUGGAGUGUUGGAUGCACCAUCAUUGAGCUGCUGACUCAAAAACCGCCAUAUUUUGACUUGGCUCCCAUGGCUGCGCUGUUUCGAAUUGUUCAAGACGACCAUCCCCCCUUGCCCAAGUCUAUUUCACCCGCGCUGCAUGAUUUUAUCAUGAAAUGUUUUAUGAAAGAGCCGCGUCUGCGUUUGUCCGCCGAUGAGUUGCUACAACACCCAUGGAUCAGCCAAAUCCCUCGCACCAAAGUCGAGCAGAGCACCCAAGAAGUUCAAGAAAACGUCACGUCCACCGACGACCGCGCCGCGGUGCUCAACACGAUUCGCAUGUACGACUCGUAUACGAGGGAUUCGGCGAUUUCAAAUUUGGAAGCGAUGAAGGAAGACGAUGACGACGAGAAUUGGGACAUGGACUUGGAAGCCACAACACAGACACCAUUAAAGCUUGUAAAACCAAUGACAGAUCCAGCGCCCCGUCCCACCUUCGACGAUCAGUUGCCCAAGUCGACGUUCCAAUUGAGCAACGACGAUGCCAACGAUCCGUUUUGGAACGACGAUGAUCCUGUUCCUGCGCCUUUGCGGGAUGCGGCGACGUUCGGAACUUGGGGAAACUCCAGUGGUGUCCACGGCGAAGGCUCAAAGCUCAAGCAUUUUCGAGAGGACGACAACGGCGACGACUUGAUUGGGGACUUUGACGCCGACGAUGUACUCAAGAAUGGAAAUUCGUUGAGAUUUCGUCUGUCGUCGUCGCUGCAAGAUGACGGACUCGAUGGAUUUGCCGAAACAUCGUUUGGCGAACCCUUUUUUGAUACCUCUCAGCGGGAAAUGACCAACAAAGCGACUGCUCGCGUCGUCGAGCUGUUGUCUUUAUUGGAUCCGAGCAUGGAAGAUCGCGUGAUUCUUGACGCGUGCCAGCAAUUGCACGACCUUUGCGGCAACAACGCGACCCUUCGCCAAGAGCUCGCGUCCCAACCAGGCGUCAUUCCGAACCUCAUGGAGGCCCUGGAAUUCAAAGAGCUCAAGCUCCUUCACGCCGUGAUGAAUGUUGUUAACAUGCUGAUACUCGACAACAAGAAAUUCCUGGAAAACUUGGCGCUGGUCGGGCUCCUGCCGUUGGUGGUUGCUUUGGUCGUCGAUCAACCUGAAAAGGCAAACUCCAAGCAAGACAUGCAAAGCCUCGUUCGCCUCGAGGCCGCCAAGUUUGUCGAGCAGACAUGUGUGUCGAGCUCUUGGACUCUCCAAAUGUUCAUUGCAUGCGGUGGAUUACCGCUUUUGAUCAAUUUUUUGAGCUCCACUGAUGAAACGCUGCACCGCAUUUCCUUAACUGGAAUCGGCUGCAUCUUUUCCAUCCAGUCCAUUCCAAAAAAUGACACAUGCCGUCUUUUCGUCAAACUCGGUUUGCUGAAGAAGCUCAUUGCUGUGUACAAUCAAGUGGUGCUGUCGAUUGUAAAGCACCAAAACGACAUGGCUGACAUGCAAAGCCUGCUGGAAGAGCUCCAUCAAAUAUGCGACAUCUUUUUGCUGUUUUCGCAAGGCGACGUGAUUGUAAAAGAGCACAUGUGCGACUUGGUCGUGCUUGAAGGGUUGCUGUACUCUUUGAACCCGGGGAACAUCAUCACAGAGGUUGACGAGUACGCGACGGCAAUGGUGAAGGUUCUCAAGUGCAUUCGAAACAUGAGCAUGGAGCCCAACACGCUCGAAAAUCUGGACCGGGCUGGAACGAUUCCCACGUUAGUCCAUGUGUUGCAGCACGAAUCGUCGCCCCAGAUCAAAGAUGUUCAAAACAUUGUUCUACAUGCCAUGUUUUACCUGUGCCGUAUCAACCGAAAUCGCCAAACACAUGCAGCGCAAGCGGGAUUGAUUCCAUUUUUGCAACGCGUGACCCAGACGAGGAGCCCGCUAAAGCAGUUUGUGCUACCCAUCAUGUGCGAUUUGGCGUCGGCCUCUGCGACCGCCCGUGAGCAUUUGUGGGCUUGCGACGGUGUGACGUUUUUCUUGACGCUGCUCAGUGAUAAGUUCUGGCAAAUUGACGCGAUGAAGGCAUUAGCUGCGUGGCUCGUCCACGACACAUUGAAAAUUGAAAACGUGCUGCUGGCACCCCACUACAUUCAGCAAAUUAUUUCGUGCUUUCGAACUGCCGAGCACCAAUUUGAAAACCUGCUCGAGUCUUUGCUCGAGAUCCUGUCGCGGUCCGUGCGGAUGAACCAGGCGCUUGGCCGAUCGAGCUUGUUUGUGAUGGAAAUUUUGUUUCGCCUGAGUUACCCCAAACCGUUUGUCCGCAAGAAUCUGCUCAAGAUGCUCAAAUGCAUUUUUGAAUCCCACACGUCACCCGUGCAGUUUCUGGUCGAGUACAACAUCCACCCAAUUAUUCACGCUUUGGCCCAAGAAAACAACCAAAUCCUCAUCCAAGAGAUUGCGUCCCAGCUCCUUCAGGCCAUCCUAGUCUCUGCAGCCGUCUUUUAAUCUAUGCGUGGCAAUUGUCAAGAUUGGAACGCAACUGGAACAAAUGGGUGCAGAGGUGCCAAGAAUGAAGUUGCACGGUUCUUCGUUGUCGAGAAUGAACAUGCGAAAACACCGCGGAGUUGACGGAUCACAGCGAUGCUUUGACCAAGAGUUCUUCCUUGCGGCGGCGCAGCGCCUCCAAUAAGUCUUGUGCAUCGUCUUCCUCAACAUCCGGCUCAACUUGUUCCCCAACAGAUACGUCGACGGGGAUCUUGGCAGUGGAUGUCUUGAUCACUCGAAUCUCAGCAAAAUCCACCACGUUGAACGCACAGACUUCAUCGUCGGGUUGCCACGCGAUACUAGCGCCACAAAAUUACAUAAAUACAAACGACUCGGUGGCGACAACAUACUCGCUCUCGACGUAGACAUGACG